AUGACCUGUUUUCCGCAAGGAUUUCCCCCAAGCCAACGAAAAGCCAAAAACGCCCUCGGAGCCUACAGACCUGCGGCUGUGCACGACACGGCCGUCAAAGACGCUGCUACGUUCGCCGUGUCUGCCAUGUCUGAAGCCUCACCAAACGCUCCGUUCUCUCUCAUGAAAAUCAAGAACGCAGCAAGACAGAUCGAGAGCAAACAAGUGAAUUACAAACUUACAUUGUUACUCUUGAAAGACAAAGCUACAGUCAUCUGCAAUGCAAUUGUGGCCGAAAAGUCAUCAAGUCAAUUGGUCAGCUCCUCGUGUCGUGAUAGCAAAAAGCGUCGUGGUCUCGAAGGAGGCUACAAGCCAGCUGAUGUAAAAGACGCUACCAUCAGAGAGAUGGCCGACUUUGCUACACUGGCAAUCAGCAAAUCUACUAACGCCGGAGCUCUUUCUGUUGUAAACAUUACUUCAGCUGAGACUCAAGUAGUUUCAGGGAAAAACUAUAAAAUAACUCUGCAAGCUCAAGGAGAGGCUGGAGUUCAAACCUGCUCCGUAGUUGUUUAUGACCAAAGCUGGACGAAAACACGAAAGCUAACUUCUUUUACAUGUGAGGAUUUGACGAAGACUCGCGUUAGUCGUCAACUGCAAACCCGGCCCCGACGUCCAGGACCCCCUCGCCCACCUAUACGACCGAAUAAUUCAGAACUUUCGAUCCAGCCACCGUCACACUGCGUCGGUGGAUAUUGCCCCAUCGAUAAAAACGAGAAAGCUGUGAAAGACAUGGCAAACUUUGCUACAUUUGCGUUAAGUCGUUCCAUGAAUUCUGUACCUCUACAGUUCGUCCAAGUUCUAUCCGCUGAGCGUCAAGUAGUUGCGGGAUUUAAUUAUCGCCUUGGCUUAGAGUUCAGCGAACCUAGAGGAACAGUCUUUUGCAAAGUAGUUGUUUUCGAUCAAGCCUGGACUUCGACACGUGAACUUAGUCAAAUGCAAUGCGAAUUGACACCGUCAGCGGUUCAACCAUCAGCUAUGCCAGGAACUAAGACCGAAGCAGCAGCCGAAACCCCCCAAUCUACAGUUGAAAAGGUGCGUGAUUCAACCACAACGAGUCUGCCUGGAGCGUACGUCAGUGUUAAUCCCUUGGAUGACGAAGUAGCGCAACUAGCUACGUUUGCUACAACUCUGUUAAGCCACGCAAGGAAAGGAGACGACCUGACACUAGUAAAAGUCUUGUCUGCAACAAAGGAGGUUGUGGCCGGGUCAAAUUACCAAUUAGGCCUCCAACUGACGAGUGUUGGUGGCAUUAAUUUACGGUGUGACGUUGUCGUUUAUUAUAACGCAAACGCUCGUCAUCUGACCUAUUCUAGUUGUGCACCUUUAAAUCGCCGUAAGCGUUCUUCCGAUCAAAUGACCGGAGGUGUUACUCCAAUGGAUAUCAACAGCAAGAAAACCAAAGAGUUGUCGGAUUUCGCCGUGUCGGCCAUUGCUAUCCGCUCCAAUGAGCCAAUGCUCCCAAGUAACGUUCGAGUAUUGAAAGCGACUAAACAAGUUGUCGCAGGAAUGAUGUACACCCUCGAGCUUGAAUUAAAGUUUACCGAUUGCCAACAGAAUAAUAAAUCGUGCAUCCGCCGUCAAAAAUGCAACGUUUCCAUUUGGGAACAACCUUGGCUAGGGAAACGAGAAGUCACGAAGUUAACGUGCAGUGACCUGAACACGGAGACAGCGUCUGCUUUACAAUCAUCUCUUCCUCGUCGCCACUUGGUGGGUGGAAUAACACCGGCCGAUCCUUCAUCCGAAGAAAUUAAAGCCCAUGCUGCGUUUGCUCUUACGGCCAUUCAGGCUCGGUCGAAUGCAAGAAACUUGUUAAAUAUUGUGCACAUAAGAAAUGCUGGUACACAAACUGUUUCGGGGAAGAAGAUUUAUCUUACGAUUGAAGUUGGACAAACAAAAUGUCCACUGUCUUCUAACCAAAGCGACCGGGAAUGCCCACUCGAUCGUUCGGCCGAGCGUCAGCUUUGCAAAGUUGAAAUAUGGACACAGCCGUGGCUGAAUAAGCGUCAAAUAACAAAUCUUAAAUGUGCUGUAUUGGGGACUACCAAUAAAAAAUGCACAUCAAAGACGUGCAAGCGAUCCCGUCGAUCAACCGAAAAUGUUCUCAACACGCACGGACAUCACCACCAUCAUCAUCAUUCUAAAAACCUGAAGAAAACACGGAGAUUGAAACACAUGACGGCAUUUCGCAGUUUCGCCAAAGAGUUUAACAAAGUUUACAAAACGUGGGAAGAAUUCGAGCAUCGCUACAAAAUCUAUCGGGCUAACCAAGAAAAAAUUCAGCUACUUAAUCGAUAUGAAAUGGGAACGGCAGUGUAUGGAGACACACCUUUCUCAGACUGGAGUGCAGCCGAAUACAAAGCACAUUUGGCGGGUUUUAGACCAAUGCUUCGACAAUCACAUGCUCGCCUUCCUCAAGCAGCUAUUCCAAAAAUAGAUCUUCCAGAUGAAUUUGAUUGGCGCAACCAUAGCGUAGUAACUCCUGUAAAAGAUCAAGGAUCUUGUGGCUCUUGCUGGGCCUUCUCUGUUACAGGAAACGUUGAAGGUGUUUAUGCUGUUCGAAAUGGAGAACUCCUCUCCUUGAGCGAGCAAGAACUAGUGGACUGCGACAAGCUCGACAGCGGCUGCAACGGAGGAUUACCCGAAAACGCGUAUAAAGCUAUCCAUGAAUUAGGUGGAUUAGAAACUGAAUCGGAUUAUCCAUACAAUGGUCACCAAAAUAAAUGCAAAUUUGACGCCAACAUCACUCGAGUGCAGGUCACCGGGGGUGUAGAAAUAUCAACUAACGAGACCGAAAUGGCCCAAUGGCUUGUUCAGAACGGACCUAUUUCCAUUGGCAUUAAUGCCAACGCUAUGCAGUACUAUCGAGGAGGUGUUAGCCAUCCCUGGAAAGCGUUGUGUAGAGCCGGAGGCAUUGAUCAUGGCGUGUUAAUUGUUGGCUAUGGAGUCGCAAAUUACCCGAAAUUCAACAAAACUCUACCCUACUGGAUUGUAAAGAACAGUUGGGGCACAAGGUGGGGUGAACAGGGGUUCUAUCGAGUCUUCCGAGGAGAUGGUACGUGUGGAUUGAAUAAGAUGUGCACGUCUGCCACUCUCGACUGAAUAGCUUGAAUGAAAAUCUUCCCCGCUAGUUCAUCGUUUCAUAUCUUACUCAACCUAUUUUAUUCUCUUGUAUCCCCUUUAAUUUAAAAUUUGCUCGGGAAAGGGCAAGUGCUAAAGGCAUAUUGAAACACGUGAUUGAUGUUUGGGGACAAGGGCGUUGAAUGUUUCAUAUUAGAAGACUAUGUAUGUGUUCGAACCAGAUAUAAUCUCAAUAAAUUGAACGUGUAAUCGUC